GAAGAAGCAGGAAACAAAAACGCCCGUUAUCCCUCCAGCUAUCAGUGAAAUAUGAAUUCCAACGCCGUCGCACUGCUGCUGUUUGUGGCGCUGGCCGUCUGCAUCGGUGACAGUGCCGAAAUUCCACCACUACCGGUACAGGACGACCAAACGGCCGGUGGUGAUGGGGGCGGCGGUGGUGCAUCGUCAUCGGAAGCGCAAGAAUCUUAUCUGGGCGUUAAGCUGUACAAAAUGGAGCGACCGUGUGCGAUGCUCGGAGGUAUGUGUGUGAAGACGAGCGAGUGCAGCUCGAGGCCCGGCAAGGAAGGACUCUGCCCGGAAAAUGGUCAUCUGGGGGUUGAUUGUUGCUACGAAGUAAAACCAGCGAAAAAUCUCACCUGCCACGAGUACCGUGGAGCGUGCAUGGAUCGGUGCGCCGAAGGGCUGCAGCGUCCGUCCGUUGAUUGUACCGAGGGGCAGAUGUGCUGUGUGCUGGUUGGUUAAGCUUUGCUCUUAGUGUGCAAAU